ACAGAGAGAGAGAGAGGUUCUUAACUUUACCAAGAGAUCGAUGGAUAUAAAUACAAGUACUCCUUCCCUUUCACUCCUUCAGGCCUCACUCCCUUCACCUUCCCUUCACAAAACAUCAGAAAUGGGAAACAAUCUUUUGGAGAUUCUCAACGUAAGAGUGAUAGGGAACGGAGAGAAGAUACUUGUGCUCGCCCAUGGCUUCGGCACUGAUCAAUCGGCAUGGAAGAGUAUCAUUCCUUACUUCACUCCUCAGUACCGUAUCGUACUCUACGAUCUGGUCUGUGCAGGUAGCGUCAACCCUGACUAUUUUGAUUUCCGGCGCUACACUUCUCUGGAACCUUACGUCGAAGACUUACUCAGCAUCCUUGACACCCUCCGCAUUGAUAAGUGCGCCUACGUCGGCCACUCCGUCUCCGCCAUGAUCGGCAUCCUCGCCUCCAUCCGCCGACCAGAUCUCUUCUCCAAACUUAUCCUCAUCGGCGCCUCCCCAAGGUUCUUGAAUGACAGAGAUUAUCAUGGGGGAUUCGAGAGGGGAGAGAUCGAGACGGUAUUAACGAAGAUGGAAGCCAAUUACGAGGCGUGGGUGAAUGGAUUCGCUCCAUUAGCAGUGGGAGCAGAUGUGCCGGCAGCUGUGAGGGAAUUCACGAGGACUUUGUUUAAUAUGAGGCCAGACAUAUCGUUGUUCGUGUCGAGGACGGUGUUCAAUAGCGAUCUGAGGGGGAUUCUAGGGCUGGUGAAGGUGCCUUGUUGCAUCAUCCAGACCGCGAAAGAUGUAUCGGUGCCGGUAUCGGUGGCGAUGUACUUGAAGAACCACCUUGGGGGUCGGAACACGGUGGAGAUACUGCACACCGAAGGGCAUUUGCCGCACCUGAGUGCGCCUACCUUACUGGUUCAGGUUCUCCGGCGAGCUCUGUCUCGGUGACUUGACUAACUACUCUGCUCUACGUAAACGUAGUCGUAUAGGAUGGAUUCGGAUUGAGUAGAGACUAAAUUACCAAAUAGCUAAAGCUCUAAAAUAGAAUAAGGCCCGGCCGGCCGGCCGGCCGGCGUUGUCUACACUUGAAAAAAGGUGAAAUAAAAUUGUGGACAAUAGUCCUCCACAGCUCGCAUUUUCCUGCGUGUGGACUAAUUAUCAUAACCUUAUCGCACUUAACUGUUC